AAAAUAAAUGGAUGGAUGCCAUUGCCCAUUAGCUUAAUUAUGUAUUUCAUCAUAUUAUUUUGGUUUAUUUAAAAUGUUUAAAUGUGUUAUUGAGAAACUAGAAAGUAAAAAAUGUUGCUUUUAUGAUUUCAAAUUUUUAUUAAUAAUAUAAGAAAAGCGAGAAACUUUUAACCACAUAAAUCAUGGCGAGCAUUGAGAAACUUCAACAUUUACUUGAUCGUGGCAAAGGGCAUAAGAAUAUGGACGAUGUCAUUUUCAAAAAAAUCGACGACUCACUUAGAAUCUAUAAUCGAGUCGGGCUUUUUGAUAUUUUUGAUAAAUCUCAAAAUGAGUUUUAUAUGUCUGAUACUAGUGAUACCUUUUUAUGCAAUGUGGAUGGUUGUAGUUCAACUUUCACAUCAAUGGCUGAUUAUGACUUACAUUACAAUUCAAAUCAUCGUUACACUUGCACUUACUGUCGUAAAUUAUUACAAUCUGCACAUCUCUUAGAUUUACAUAUAAGUGAAUUGCAUGAUAAUUUUUUUAAAGCCAGCUCUGCCAAAAAACCUAUGUUUAAAUGUUUCAUUGAAACAUGUGAGACACUGUUUUGGAAUUCUGAAGAACGAGAUACUCAUUGUAAAGAUAUUCAUAAAAUGUCAAAGAAUUUCUUGCAGCAUUAUGGAAUAAAAAAAAAUAAGAAAAAAAACAAGAAAACGAAAAAUAAUAAACCUCCAAAUUUAGAAGCAAUGUUAAGUUCAAACAUGGUUAUAGAUUAAGUUAAAAAAAAGAACAAACUAAAAUUAAUAAUACCUAUGUAACAAUGUGUAUAAAUUGUACAGAUAACCGCCCAUUCAAGACUUUUGUAAAACUAAGUAUAAAUUAUUGUAUAAAUCAACAUUUCUUAAGAAUUUAUAGAUUAUUAUGCUGUACUCUUAAACUAGUUAUUAAUCAAUAAAUGAGUUAUAUGGUCUGAACGAAUAUUAUUUUAUUUCGUUUCAAAUAUUCUAAAGACUAUAAUUGACUAUAUGACUUAAUUUAAUUCAAACUUAUACUUAACAAAUAAAUUGGAUUGGCAUGAUAGUGUUUAUAUAUGUAAUUAAAAAACAUAAUCAAUAUUUGUAAUAAGUAUUGUAUUUCUCAAAAUGUAUUUCUUUGGUUAUUUUAUUAUACUGUUACUUUUAUCA